GACGCCAAUGCGGAUACACAGAUUCGCUAGGAUUGGGCUCAUUUGUGCACCGGAUUAUCUUCUGUUCGUAUAAAAGGCGCUCGGUGCACAGACCCCGAGCAGCCAGACGGCGUCGAACCUACUAAACGUGAGGAACAAGCCGCGAACGCGAGUGGCCCAUUUAGCAAGUGAUCUAAAAGUGAAACCUUAUAGAAAAUUGUUACAAUGAAGAUUCUACUCAUCGGAUUGAUCUUUGUUGGGGCUGCCUACACUGCGCAACUCCCGGUUGUGGCGGCGGUAAUGAAAGAUGCAACAGCAAACGAAGAAAAAAAAAUGUUUCUCGCUAACUUAAGUGAGCCUCAAGUAAUACAAAAGGACCAAAUUACAAAGGCGGAACCUCAAGAUCCAAUGGAGCUGGCCGUGGAACCAACCGCUGAAGAGUCAGCACCUAAACCUGUCAUCAUCCAGAAAACUAAUACUCCUCUAGACUCAGCUGAUGUUCCAGCUAACGAGUAUGCCGUAGCUGAGGAUCCUGAAAUCGAGAAACUAGCUGAGCUGCCGUUCGACAUCGACAGUGUUCCCGAGACUAAAAACCCGGAUGAUCCCUGCAGAAGGGUGAAGACACAGAUCCGAGACCUCACUACUCGCUGGCGUGAACUUGGCCGAGAGAUUGCGCAGCGUACAGCUGAACUUGUACGAGUCAGGGGAGAGGAACGGCAAAAGGUUCGUGACCAAAUUAGAAGGAUUCGUGAGGAUAUGAGCAAAACCAAUACACUCAUUCGAGAAAACACCCGGGAGUGUGCUCGUACACGGCGUCCUACACUUCGUCCCAUCGCACCGGAGAAACAUUUUCACACAAACACGUCAUAGUCGUAGUCGUUUAACUGAAAUCAACGUUUAAAGUGAUGAUUAAACAUUUGAAGUGUUCAUCUCUGAGCUAAGACUUUGGCAGGCCCUAUUUCAGAGGUUCUAGGCAACUUGGUACUAAUAUUCCGAGCAAAUCAUUAGCAAUACGUAUUUAAUAAAUAU